AUGGCGGACUUUGUGCUGGCGCUGGAUCGGGAUCCCAUGCUCCAGGUGAAAAGUCAGGAGGAGGCGGCGUCCUCCUUCAACCGGGCCAUCUUCGCCACGGUCAAGAAAGGGUCAGAGCCCUACAAGUCUCUGGAGGUCGUAGCCUCGAGGCACAUGGACACAGUGGCCGUGACCUUCCUGGACAGCGGGGAGGAGAAGGUGAUGUUUUUGGACGAGACCAAGGGCGAGCCAGUGGCUUACAGCGGACAGCUGGACGUGAAGUCACUGGAUGCGUGGGUCCGGGAAAUGCUGACAAAGUCGGAGCCCAUUCCGGAAGGGCACCCCGAGUACCACGAUGGGUCCCUGGUGGUUGUGGGCAAGACCUUUGAGGAAGUUGUUUCCUCCAAGCAGGAUGUGUUCAUGCUGGUCUAUGCCCCGUGGUGUGGCUUCUCCAGGCAGUUCUUCCCUGUCUGGAAGAACUUUGCCCACGCUGUGGGCAAGGUGAAGCAUCUGGUCGUUGCCAAGAUGGACGGCGAUCUGAACACCUCCCCGCUGCAGGAGUUUUCCUGGACCGCCUAUCCCCACAUAUUCUUUGUCAAGGGCGGCACCAAGACGCCCAUUGUCUUCCGUGGCAACCGCACGGUGUCCGGCUUGGUCCAGUUCGCCGACGAGCACGGGACCAAGCCGCUGAACCUGGACCCCAGCAUCUCUUUAGACGACAUCAACGAGUUGUGA